GUAGCAUUAUUUAAAUCUAGGUGCAAUCAUAAACUGCAUCUGUCUGCUAUAAGCAAUUUCCAUGUAAACAAAGAGACUUUUCUUUUUCAACAGUAGGUUUAACUGAAUUAUACUGGAUUUAAAAUUAGUUUCCGUCAUGAACAGACACAACACGGCGACGUUACUCACGGACCUUAAAAAAUCACUCAAGAUGCCGCUCUUUGGAAACACAUUCAGUCCGAAAAAAACACCUCCUCGCAAAUCUGCAUCCCUGUCCAGCUUACAUACGUUGGAUCGCUCAACAAGGGAAAUAGAGCUGGGCCUUGAAUAUGGACCUCCUGUGAUGAACAUUGGAGGUCAGAGCUGGAAAUUUGAAGACGGACAGUGGAUAACAGAAUCUGGUGGGAAUGGAUCUGGUAGGGAAUUGCAGCGGCUAAAGAAAAGAAAUAUUCAACUGGAGGAGGAAAACAACCUCCUGAAACUGAAGAUUGAAAUCCUCAUGGACAUGUUGACAGAGACGACAGUAGAGUAUCACCUGAUGGAGAAAGAGGUGGAAGAUAUAAAGACUCAACAUCGAAGGAAGAAAUGAUAGGAAAUGUUCUUUAAGUGGAUUUAUCUCUUUUUGUAUUCACAGACAUUUGAAGUUUGAUUAUGUGUAAAAUAUAUUUAAAAAAAACAAGUUUUAGAUUAAAUAAAGAGCCCAUAAUUUUGCUCAUAAUAAGGGCUCAUGUGUUGAUGGUCUGGGCUCUGUUUGUAUUCAUUUUACAAGCAGGUACCAUUGAAUCAGAUUUAGUAACUACUUUUAUUUAUUUGUUCUAUCCUAUAUUUGUUUAAUAUCACUGUAAACCUGAAACAGGUGAAACAACACCUUUGGUCGAUACACAGUGUAUUUUCUGAGACUUUAAUUAAAGGCUGACAUUUAUUUUUAUGAUUUUUUGUAUUUAGACUGAAAAUAAAAUCCAUCACAGGAAAGUA